AUGUCCGACAAGCCUAUCACAAACCUCACCGAUACCGUGCCCAAGGCCAUGGAUGAGCAAGGCAGCGUUGGCAAGCAGUUCACAGAGAAUGGAUCUAUUGGAGGUACCGCUCAAAAGAUCGGUGGUCCCUUUGAUAAGGAGGGCGUGAUCGGGAAGCAAUUCACUACAGAGGGAAGCAUUGGGGGGGCGGUUCAGAACAAUAUGGGUGGAGAAAAGAAAGCAUGA